GAGUUUCAGACACUAGUCUGGCCCAGGCUCUUACGGCAGCUACUGAGGCACGCCCACGUCACCCCGUUAUAUAAGGGGCCCACCCGUCUGGUGUCCUCUGAAAUCUCUGACCCUACGUCACCGGCCACCGCCCAGAGGGAAACCGUGCGGCGCCCUGAGGCAGGCUGGGAGGGUGGAACCCGGCGGGGUCCGUCUGUCACUCGCCCCGGGCUAGAGAAAGCCUCGGAGACGGCUACUGCGUCCGAGGCCGAAGCCGGAAACCCCGCCCGACCUCGCGGGUUGCCCAUCCCCCUUAGGCCGGUUGGAACGUGACCUUGUUUUGACGUUGCUAGGAGACCUGGCUCCCGCGCGCCCCCCUCUGGCCAGUGCCCCGCGAGCGCCGAAAGGGGGCGGGGCCGCGGCUGGCGCCGGGAGCUGAAGGCAGAGCACCGUUAGGCUUCCUGGCGCGCGGCGUCCACCCGGCGUCCCCAGAAGUCGCGUCUCGUUUCCGGGCACCAACCUGGCCUCACGGGUGCCUUCUGGCAGGUACCACCGUGCUCCCCAGGGGCUGUGAACAACGCGGGGUCCGGACGAGGGAGGACUGUGAGUCAGUCCAGCAACUGCCAGAGCUGCGUCGAGAGCUAAGCGGAGCGGACGUGGGGUGCUUCUCCCCCAGGACCCCGCGUAAAAAAAGGCCCACCAAAUGCUUUCUCAUUUGGAUCCAGACUCCACUUCCGGAGUCUGGUAGCUGGAUCCCCUAGGAAGAGAAGUUCUAAAGCAGUGAGAAGAAAGCAUUUCAAUUUGGAUCACUUACUUGCACCUGGAAAUGGGGAAUGGACUGUCAGACCAGACUUCUAUCCUAUCCAGCCUGCCUUCAUUUCAGUCCUUUCACAUUGUUAUUCUGGGUUUGGACUGUGCUGGAAAGACGACUGUAUUAUAUAGGUUGCAGUUCAAUGAAUUUGUAAAUACUGUACCUACCAAAGGAUUUAACACUGAAAAAAUUAAGGUAACCUUGGGAAAUUCUAAAACAGUCACUUUUCACUUCUGGGAUGUAGGUGGCCAGGAGAAAUUAAGGCCACUGUGGAAGUCCUAUACCAGAUGCACAGAUGGCAUUGUGUUUGUUGUGGACUCUGUAGAUGUUGAAAGAAUGGAAGAAGCCAAAACUGAACUACAUAAAAUAACCAGGAUAUCAGAAAACCAGGGAGUCCCUGUACUUAUAGUGGCUAACAAACAAGACCUGAGGAACUCACUGUCUCUGUCAGAAAUUGAGAAAUUGUUAGCAAUGGGUGAACUGAGCUCAUCAACUCCCUGGCAUUUGCAGCCCACCUGUGCGAUCAUAGGGGAUGGACUAAAGGAAGGACUUGAGAAACUACAUGAUAUGAUAAUUAAAAGAAGAAAAAUGUUGCGGCAACAGAAAAAGAAGAGAUGAGUGGCGAUUCUUUUUAUAUCUGUGUGGAGUAGGUUUUCUCUGGUCUGAUGUUGACAAAUGGAAGAGUGUCUACAGCCUGGUUUGCCCGCCUGCCCUCCUGGAUGCUGAUAAAGCUUUGUUUUGUUGAACAAUCAGAUGCCCAACUCUUUUGCCUUGUGGAAGAUGAGUAAAUGCAGUGCUUCUUAAAAUGGUCUCUUAUCCCUACCCCACAAAUUUUGGUACUACCAUUCUAGGAAGCCAAGCAUGGAUAGCGAAUUGACCAGAAAACCAGAAAACAGUUGUGGAAAUUUGACCUGAAGUUAGUGAAAUAAAACUUUGAAGAGUGUCUGCCUAGUGUUUUGUCCUUACAUCUUUUGGGGGAAGCCUUUACAAGGAAAUUGCAUAUAAGGUUUUGUAUGUUAACAUAAAAUGUUAAUGAAUGGAAAUGUUAAGAUAGAUUAAUAUAUAUACACGUGGUUAUAUUGAUCACAUUGGUCCAACCAGUAAGGGAAAAGGAGGAAGUGUUUGCUUUUUUAAGUUUUGGCCAAAUGAAUUUUGACAUUUUCUGGAAUCAGAUGAUGUAAUGGUAUAUCUUAAUUCUAGACAAUGUUUAAGUUGGUCUAACUUAAAAUAAUACAAAUAAGGUAUUGGGGGCAUAUUCAAGUGCAUGGAUUCGUUUUCCUGACAAUGCAUGUUUUGGUGUGUAGUUUUUUACUUUUUAGGAGUAGCUAUGCAUCCUUCUCCAUGGUCAGGUUUAAAACACCUUUUUGGGGAUUUAGGGCUGUUCUAGAAAUAGUUUAUUACCAGAAGCACUUUCACUUGAAGAACCUAAAAUAAUUUACUUAAUUCUUUUAUAUAGUAAAUUAGGGCAUGUAGAUUAAUAAACGUAUAUGCUUGGUAUAUAUGGAUUUAUGAAGAAAGCAAUUGAUGAAUUCAGUCAAGAGGAUGCAAUUAUAAUACAUGGUCUCUAACGUAUUCCAACUGUAAAAUACUUGUUUUAUUGAUCCUUGCUGGCUGAACACAGAUGUGGUUUCAUAUAUUUUUGUAGUGUUUUGAGAGGAGCAGAAGCUUUAUAAACAACACCUGAUGCACUGUGGAGUGAGAAUGUAAGAGAUGUCCUAUAAGUGCUCUGAGCUUUAAGUUUUUGUUUACAAUCUCAAAAGUGUUAUGUAGGCAGUUCAGUCCUGAUUAUAAGGUAGGAAGAAAUGAUACAGUACUGCAGAUAAGAAUUAGGAUUCUAGAAAAUGAAGGGGAAAGUAGCAAAGCUAUGUUUUGUUAAAAUUCGCUGGUGCUGUUUACACUGGAAUUCAAAAUGCCCUCUAAAUUAAAAGGAGGAAAACCCUUUCCUAAUUCUUAUCUACAAGCAAGGACUUACUUCCAGUGAUCCUAUAUUAACAACUAAGCAUAAUUCUAUGUGUAAAGCCAACAGCUGUUUGUUCUGAAGAUAACCAAAAGAACUGCACUUUGCAAGCAGGGUUUUAUUUUGACUUGGGGUUUUCUGUUUUGGGGGUUCUCUCUCGUUUUCAGUGGUACAGUUUUUGGAACCUUGAUUUUUCUUGUUACACACAAAAUGAAGUAGCUUCCUGUGGAGCUUUCAUUGUUAAAUGUACCUGCACUAGUGACAGUCACUUAGAAUGUUUAUAUUUAUAAAAAUGUGGAUAAUAACUACCAAUAAACUACUGGAGGCACUAGGA